AAAAACUGUAACAGAUAUUGAAUCGACUCCAUCAACAGCAAUUAACAAAUGCUACCAGAUAGUUUUUAAUACAAAAACUGAAUAUUCUGGUUUAGCCAUAAUAGGAUUCAAAAAUAAGAAUAUUAUCAAACAAUUAAUCAACGAUAUA